AUGGCCACAGAGACACCAUCCAACCAGCCCCUCUACGACGAGUACUCCGUCGAAGCAGAAACCGCCGCCUUCUUCCAAAAGACCUCAGCAACCCGCUCGCAAUGUCACGCCAAAACAAGGGAGCUCUUCGGAAGAGACGACGUCAACAUUGACAUCGUCCCCGUCCGGGUCCAGGGCGCGUGCAGUUACUCCGUGUAUGCCGGUCCAGCGGGGGGGGAUCUGGCGUAUGUAGUGCAGUUCCGUCUUGCGUCGCUGGCGUUGAAGAUGGAGGUGGUAAGGCGGGCGAGGGAGGUGUAUGGGGCUUUGGCGCCGGAGGUGAAGUUUGAGGGGGUUGCUGGUGAGGGGAAGAGGAAGGAGGUGCUUUAUGUGUAUCGGAUGAGUCGGGUGAAGGGGGUGACGCGUUUGAAUUUUAUUUUGAAGAAUGGGUUUCCGGAGGAUUCGGUGGAUAAUAUGCGGUGGCGGAAGAAUCUUAUGGCGGGCGUGGCACGUUUCAUGGCCAUCUCCUGGAACAACCCCCAACCCGUCACCCCCGAGUACCGAACCAACCUCCACCAAACCUACCUCAACAACCUAAACCGUCUCCUCACCGGCCUCCCCACGCGCUUCCAGCCCAUCGUGCAGCGCUGCAUCGACUCGCUCGACGCCAUCAUGGCCCUACCCAUGGUCCUCCUCCACCACGACUUCGGCGACUGCAAUGUCAUCGUCGACGAGACCACCUGCCAUCUCGCCGGCGUCGUCGACUGGGCGGAGGCGGCGGUGGGGCCGUUCGGGGUGAACUUGCACUCGCUGCAGGCGUUUACGGGGAAGUUGCAUUUAAGGAAUGGUUGGACGCGGUAUGGGGAUUAUGGGGGGUUGCAGGAGGUGUUUUGGGAGGAGUUUAAGGCGGAGGUGGUGGGAGGGGUGUCGGAUGAGGAGGUGAGGGCGAUCAAGAUGGCGAGGGUGUUGGGGUUGUUGCGGUCUUCGGGGUUUACGAGUCGGUUGGCGAAUGAGCCGGAGCCGGAGCCGGUGCCGAUUCGGGAUGAUGAGCGGGGGCGGUAUAGUAUGUUGUCACUUGAUGGGUUUCUUAUCGAUGAGAAAACUAGGUUUGAUUAA